AUGAUGAAACAAGAUGACAACAACCCUGAGGACGGCCAGUCUCAGUACCAGUAUGGAGCAAGACGGAUGAUUUGUGUGGUUGUUGGAAUGGUUUGUUUCGUGUGCUUUUCUCUUGUGCUGGACAAAGUGGAAUGGAUGGUCUCGAUCACCAAGAUUGCCGACAGCACGUCCAAAAAAUGGGACAAUGCGACAGCAAACGAGACGGCCUUAUCAUGGAAUGAUAGCAGUACACCAGCCACUGAAAUAGGAUCUGCAGCAUCCAACCGAUCUUCUUAUUUCCAAUCGGCAGUUCAUGUUCUGCAACUGGGAGAUCCAGCCUAUGUCAAACGGUUUGAAACUCACAUUGAGAGCAAUCUGCAAUUGGUCGACUGCAUGGGAUACAAUUACAUCUUUCACAAUCUGUCCAGUGCCAAGGAGUUGCCCGAUCGACAAUGCAUGCUCACAUACAAAGUCGGAGUCAUUCAUGACGCGCUCCACAGCAUUCCCAAAGGAGAUUGGUUGAUUUGGAUCGAUCUCGAUGCUCAAUAUGUGGCUCCCCAUUGCGAUGACUUGGAACGAAUCUUGCCCAAAGUAGCCUCCAACAAUCAUCGUCAAAGAGAAGAAUGUGCGUUGAUUGCCAUGGCCAGUGGUGUCACCAUCAAUACAGGAAUCAUCAUUGUCCGAUCUACCGAUUCCAUGCUCCAGUUCAUGGAAGACUUUCGCUUUCAUCAAGAACGAUAUCCCAUUUGCAGUGCGGCAGGAGAUCAGAUUGCCUUUCAAGCCAUUGUCAUGGAACGAGCGGCCAGAUCCACAGGAAAUAGCACUUUUACCCUCCGCAAUAUCUACGGCAAUGCUUCCGAACACGACCAACUAAUCUGUCCCACGCCAAACCGUAACUUUUCACCAAGGGCACAACGAGGAUACAAUGGUUGUUUUCAAAAGACAAUGAUCGACCUGGGGUAUUCCGAAGAAAACAAACGAUCCUUUCAAGACAUUUGUCUGGUGGGAUGUACCGAUCGAUUGCAAUGUGCCGAUUGUCAGGGAAAGUUUGGCAAAUAUCAGCGAGGACGGAUUUGUGAAGCCAACAAACCGGUUUUCUUUCAUCACAAACAAGCCAGACUCAACUUGACACCACCAGUUCUAUCAUCUGAAGGGCACAGAAGUAGAUGGCUCCGAUGGUGGUACGAGCUGUUCUAA